GUAAAAUGUAACGCUGUGUUUGGUUGGAGGUAGGUGAAGGUAUGGUGAGGUGAGAUUUAGAAGCUACCUUGUUUGGGGAAUCAAAUCCGGGAAGGGAGACGAAGGUAGGGGGAGGUAGCCUAGCCGCGUAACAGUGAAAAAAACCCUACCGCCGAUUCUCCGGUAACUCGAGAGCGGGCUGGAUAUGCUGGGUCUAAUGACCCUUGUUUGCACAAUUUGUUUGGAUGAGAGCUGCGAGAAUUACAGAGGCAUCAAACUGCUUAGCCACACCAUGAAGGUAUAGGAGCGAGUCAUUGAGUAUAGGGUGCGGAAAGGGGUAUGCAUCUCUGAGAACCAGUUUGGUUUCAUGCCUGGCAGAUCGACUACAGAGGUCAUUCACCUCGUGAGGAGGUUAAUGGAAGAGUAUAGGGCUAGGAAGAAGGACCUUCAUAUGGUGUUCAUUGAUCUCGAGAAGGCGUACGAUAGGGUGCCAAGGGAGGUCUUAUGGAGGUGCCUUGAGACGAGAGGAGUUCUCAUCGCGUACACUCGCGCGAUCAAGGAUAUGUACGAUGGGGCUAUGACUAGGGUAAGGACCUUCGGGGGCGACUCUGAGUCAUUCUCGGUAGGGAUGGGGUUGCACCAGGGGGGUCCCAUGGUGCAUGCUUUCGCGGAUGAUAUUGUGCUUAUCGACGAUACACGUGAGGGACUAAACGAUAAGUUGGAACGAUGGCGCCUUGCCCUUGAGACUAAAGGGUUCAGAAUAAGUAGGAACAAGACUGAAUACAUGGAGUGUCGUUUCAGCGGCAGGGAAACAGAAUCAGAGGUGGAUGCUAAGUUAGGAUUGACUCUCACCUAGUACCUAAGAUAGACAGGUUGAGCCGGGGGUCUCUUGGAAACAGCCUCCCUGCUUCCGAGUAGGGGCAAGGUCUGCGUACACACACCCUCCCCAGACCCUACUGUAGUGGGAU